AUGAAGGACGUGAUUUCUGCCGCGUUGAUUGGAAAUAGUCUCGUUAUCACGGCCCGUACGUACUUCACAAAACAAAAGUCAAUGAGCAUUUUGCAGCGUCUGCAAGCGCGAAUGCAGCGUUGGCAUUUGUUAGGGCGGUAUUAUGCCAACAAAUGGCACUACGAUGGCUCCAAAUGGAUGGAUUGUGUGUUGUAUGGACAGGGCAGUACGGGAAAUGGACCACAAGUGGCGUCUGUGGCUUUUAUGAUCACGCGAGCCAUGCGGCAGCAGCUCAUGGACGUCGGCUUCCCACCCUCUGCUAUCUCGUCCCUGCAGCCAGCAGUAGCACAGCAACUUAUUGCUGACAAGACUUCAUUUGCGCAGUUUAAAGAGCUUCAGAAGCAGCAACAGGUGGAGAAGGCGGCAGAGAAGGCGAAGCACACGCUGAGGCAGGAGAAGAAACAGGAGCAUCAGCAGGAGCAAAGCGUCGUACUAGUGAAGGAGGAAAUGCAGCAGACAAUAGAACACCAGGAAAAAGCUGAGACAUCAGCUCUUGUCAUACAUCAGGAGAAAGUGGUAAAGGAGGAGGACGUGAAGAAGUCGCAGAGCUAA